AUGAAAAUUAUUAUUGGAACCAUCUUAUCAAUCCUUUUAAUUUCGUUAAUAUCAUCUGUCGAUGCAAAAGAUGUCUGCACUGGUCUUACCCCAGCAAAUGGUACUCAAAUUGCAAAUGUUGCAUCUUGCUCAAAGACUGCAUUGGGACAGAUCCCAACGGUAAACCAUAUGACCUCCACAAUAAUCACUAAACCUGAAUUCGGACAAACCUUGCCAAUUAAUAAAAACUUCACUGUUGAAGUUAAAAUUAUAAAUCUUCACACUGGAUUCUUCAGCAACCCAGAAACACAAUAUUACAGCUUUUCACAAACACUUGAUAAAAAUGGAAAAAUUGAAGGACAUUCUCAUAUCACUGUCCAAUAUUUGGGUCUCAAAGCUACUCCUGAUAAUCCUCCGGAUCCCCGAACAUUUGCUUUUUUCCAAGGUUUAAAUGCUAAAGCUGUAGAUGGAACUUUAUCUCAAACUUUAAAAUUAACCGAGGCUGGUUUUUACAGAAUAUGUACCAUGGCUGCAUCAUUCUCACAUCAACCACUUAUUAUGCCAGUUGCUAAACGCGGUUCUCAAGAUGAUUGUAUCCGUAUUAGAAUCUCUGAACAUUAA